AUGAGUGUCAGCAUGGACACGACAGAGUCCAACUAUCCUCCCGAGACGGAUAGUAGUGGUACCGUCACAUCAUACAUGCCACUCACCUCAGUAUGGACGGCUUCCUCGGGAUGCGAAAGCAAAUUUCGCCUUGACGGACCUAGUCUCAUGGCCUGGGACCCUGGAUAUAUGCUUGACAUAGAUACCAAUGCUCGAUGUUGUCCACCUCAGAUGGUGACUUGGUGGGAACAAGCUCUGCUCGGUGUUGGAGGUCAAUAUCACACACAGAUGGAGAUUGGGCCGUUCACUGGCCCGGAAUCGUGGCCAACGGUCGCAUCAUCAAUUAAGAAUGAAUACAGCACGCUAUGGAUGUGUUGUCCAUCAGGUUACUUUCUAUCGCAGGGAACAGUCGGGCAGGUAACUGGAAGGUGCAUGUCAAGCGUUUAUUCCGGGCAGACUUUGACAUACGGAUCAACGCCAUUAAGUGACCAUACAGCAUGGUCAAUAGCGACAACGACAUUGACAACGGAUUCGACCGUUGGGGCAAUCGAUAUAGUGGGCUGGGAGAUAAAGUAUCCCGUCACGGCCACAGCAACAGCCACGUCUACGUCAACGGCGACCGCAUCCACCUCCUCAUCCACUUUAACUUCGGUUCCAUCAACAGCAGAGGACAAUACUUCAACUUCUGGGAAUACCCUGAGCACUGGUGCCAAAGCCGGAAUUGGCAUUGGUGUUGGGGUGGGCGCAGUGGGCAUAAUCGCUUUGAUCCUGGCUUUAUUCCUUUUUAACCAGCGGAAACGACUCGCCAUAAACAGUCAACAGCCGGUCGCUGCAUACGCAUACUAUCCGCCAUUUGCAAGGAACGCUAAGCCCGCUGAGCUACCAGGGUAUAGGGGUAUGCCUGGCGAUGCGUGGGCCUCAUCACCUGUGGAGAUGGGCGAGAGAUAA